AUGGCAGAAAUCAGCCACCAUACUAUAACAGCAUUACACUCACUCGCUGCCUUAUGUUUACUCGGAGAUAUGCCGUCUUCCCUCAUAGUUUUAUCUGCUUUAGACAAUGGAGUCAGUGAUUCAGGACCUGUUAGAAAUGAGGUUAUAUUCUUAGCAUGUGCUUUAACCUGUCUAACAGGACCUGAGAGUGUUGCAAAUGCCAAGCACAUUCCUGGAUGUGCUUCAAACACAGAGAAAGAUAAAGGUUCAUCAGACUCAAAGAAAGAUAAAGGUUCAUCAGACUCAAAGAAAGAUAAAAGUUCAUCAGAUUCAAAGAAAGAUAAAAGUUCAUCAGACUCAAAGAAAGAUAAAGGUUCAUCAGACUCAAAGAAAGGUAAAAGUUCAUCAGACUCAGAGAAAGAUAAAGGUUCAUCAGACUCAAAGAAAGAUAAAGGUUCAUCAGACUCAAAGAAAGAUAAAGGUUCAUCAGACCCAAACAAAGUUAAAAGUUCAUCAGACUCAAACAAAGAUAAAGGUUCAUCAGACUCGGAAUCGGGUGAAUUAGACAGAUGUAACACAAGCCCUUGUAAGAAUAAUGGUACAUGUGUAGAGGGUGCAGACAAUUACACAUGCAGUUGUACUGAUGGUUUCAGAGGCAGAAACUGUGAAGAAUUAGACAGAUGUAGCACAGGCCCUUGUAAGAAUAAUGGUACAUGUGUAGAGGGUGCAGACAAUUACACAUGCAGUUGUACUGAUGGUUUCAGAGGAAGAAACUAUGAAGAAGAAGCUGAACCAUGUUUACAGGCAUAUAUCUCCAUAUUUACAGAGGCAGCUGAACCAGGUUUAUAG